AGAGUCCUGACGCCAGCUUUCUAGACGGACCCCUACAAGGUACAGCUUAGGAGCAGUGAUGAAGUGAAGGUCGUUCACGAUGUCUGACGGCUCCUCCCUCCCGGUGUCCGAAUGGCUCCAGACCAUCAAAUUGGAUCAGUACAGCGAGCUCUUUGAGGAACAUGACCUGCGCACGGUGUCGGACUUGCGUCACCUGACCGAUGACUUCCUGCUGCACAUCGGCGUCCAGCUCCCGGGACACCGCAAGCGCAUCCUGGCGUCCAUCCACAAGUCCGUCCCCCAGGAGCCGCUGUCGGAAAAUGACGGUAGCAGGCCGGUCCCUAAGAAGCGGAACGUCUUCUGCAUGACCUCCCCCCAGCCUGAGUGUCCGGGACUCCACGUAGAGCCAGCUGCUCCUCCAGAGCCUCAGGAGAGUGAGAGGAGCGUCCGCGCACCGCCCCCCAUCCCGCCAAGGGUGACGCGUGUUCCGCCGCUAAGAUUCUCCACCACUCCACCCAAAUCUGUCUCUCCGAUCAGCGUGCCGGAAUCUCAUCCCUCUGAGGAGGAUCUCUCCAGCCCCACCGUGGCCACCUUCUGUCCUUCUCCGUUCACUCCGGAUGCUUUUGGGUAUAAGGAGAUCGAUGAAGAGGAGGAGGAGCCUCCGAAAGUGGCGGCUCCACCCCUGCCGCUUAAACGCCACAAGUUGCCAGAAUCGAAGAGUAAGACCCCCCCGCCACUUCCGGUGCGACCUCCGAAACCCACCCCACCGCUGCCCAGCAGACCUCAGGUUGCUGAUGAGAAGGGAAAUGAGCCAUCCCAGAGGGACAUUGGACGUCCAGUAAAUGAGAAUAUUCGCUUCCCUUUCUGCCGUUCUCUCUUCACACUCGGCGACCUCAGCGAUGGCAACAGGAAGUGCUG